AUGCAGCAGAAAUUUCAGGACAAUGCAAGUGAAGGGAAGGCUCCCCCAGAGGAUGUCUUUAAGAAACCCUUGCCUCCCGUUGUGAAGAAGGAAGAGAGUCCUCCUCCACCUAAAGUGGUAAACCCACUAAUCGGUCUCCUUGGUGAAUAUGGAGGAGACAGUGACUACGAGGAGGAGGAGGAAGAGGAGCAGGCUCCUCCCCCACCACCUCGCACAGUGCAGGCCCAGCCGAGGGAAGAGCCCGUCAAAAAGGAGAAUGAAGAAGACAAACUCACUGACUGGAAUAAACUGGCUGGCCUUCUUUGCAGAAGGCAGUUUCCCAAUAAGGAAGUGCUCAUCAAACACCAGCAGCUUUCAGACCUGCACAAGCAAAACCUGGAAAUCCGCCGGAAAAUUAAGCAGUCUGAACAAGAGUUGGCCUAUCUGGAGAGGCGAGAACGGGAGGGCAGAUUUAAGGAAAGAGGAAAUGAUCGCAGGGAAAAACUCCAGUCUUUGGAUUCUCCAGAACGAAAAAGGAUCAAAUACACCAGGGAAACGGACAGUGACCGUAAAACUUUGGGUAAAGAAAGUAUCGACAAUAGCAGCAAAGGAGGCUAUGGCCAGCAGGCUACUGGCUGGAAGAAGGGUACAGGUUUGGGAUAUGGCCAGCCUGGCUUAACUUCGGAAGAGACUGAAGGCCGCAUGAAGGGACCCGGAGUGGGAGCCCCAGGAAGGACUAGCAAGAGACAGUCUAACGAAACUUACCGAGAUGCAGUUCGAAGAGUCAUGUUUGCUCGGUAUAAAGAACUCGAUUAAAGAAUGGAGACGAGUCCCACAAGAUACAACCUCUUUCCUGUGUUGUUUGUUUGUCUCCUUUUGUUUUGUUACUGUUCUUGCUGCUAGAACUUUUUAAAAUAAACUUUUUUUCAAUGUGA